GUCAGGAGGCGGAGACGCCGACAGCGUCGUAUCAAAAACAAGCAGCUAAGUAGCGUUAGCUAUCUGCAGACCAACAGUUGGCCCGCAGCUGGCUGCUCGGCACUUUAACUUCUGGAAAACAACUCUCCCAGCAGAACCAAGUCAACACCUCUGGUCGGAAAUACUUUCGCUUAACAGUCAUGGCGUGUGGAGCCACCCUGAAGAGAACCAUGGAUUUUGACCCACUGAUGAGCCCCGCGUCCCCCAAAAGGCGGAGAUGCGUCCCGGUGGCCCCGUCGGCUUCCUCCCCGAGGCGGUACCUCAGCAUGGAGCCCUCUCCGUUCGGAGAGUCGUCGUCCAGACUCAGCGCAAAACAAAUCCUGAACAACAUAAAACAGGAGUACAAACGUAUUCAGAAGAGGAAACACCUCGAUGGAGGCUACUACCAACAACCAGAGUGCUGCUACUCUCCAGAAUCCCCCUCCCAGUUAUCCAUGAAUGUAUCCAGCAUGCCAGGGAGCUCUUCAGGCGGCGUCUCUCCGACCAGAAAAGAACAGCCGCUGUUCACGCUCAGGCAAGUCGGGAUGAUCUGUGAACGCUUGCUCAAAGAACGAGAAGACAAGGUGAGGGAGGAAUAUGAGGAGACCAUGACUUCAAAACUGGCAGAACAAUACGACACCUUCGUGAAGUUCACACACGACCAGCUAAUGCGGCGGUUCGGGGAGCAGCCUGCCAGCUAUGUUUCCUGAGUGUGGCACCGAACCGUCGGCACGAAGACCUCCGCCUGCUGCAAGCUGUCAUGUGAUAUCUCAAAGAAAAGAAAAGUUCUCAUCCCAAGAGAUUUAAUUUAGCUAGUUUAAAUGAAACUUUUCUGACCGUGCCAUAUAUCCUUCUCUGGGCGACGACAUGAAGCGGCGGCUAGCAGCUAGCUGCUUCCUGUGUAAAUUAAUGGACCCUAUCUCUACAAGUGGCCUCUGUUCCCAGUUAUCUCACUUUUUGUAUCGAUUCCCAGCAUUCCAGGCUGUGUCUGUAGUUUCUGUUACGUGUAAAUACAAAAGAGGCGCUGGAGAGUUUUACAAAGUUUGCUGGUCAAUCUGAAAGGAAGUCGGUGUUUUUCAGCCGUUUGUCCCUCAUUUAUUGCUUUUUAAAUUAAACACAGUAGGUAACUUCUGUUUUUUUUUGUUUUAUUCCCACCAGUGUCUGUAUUUAUUUUGAAGUUUCUUUUUCCCAGCUGGUAUCAGUUUGCAACCGAUGUACUUUAGUGGAGAAAAACAAACAACAAAAAAAAACAAUAAAUUGAGAGUUGAGAAUC